GCUGUAAAGUAGGCAUUUCAAACAAAAAUGGCGGAAAAACAUACAGAAGCUGAUAAAGACGGGUUCGUACCAUAUUUUAAUCGUUACAACAAACCGAAAGUUUCCAGUGUGUCGAGCAUGUGUUAAGCAAGUUUAAAUUCUGAAGGACAAAUUUGCGAUGUAUGUGUUCGUUUUGGCUUAAAUUGAAUGAGCAUCGACAAGAGUUGGGUAUUUGGAGUCGCUCUGUGGUUAAAUCUCAUGUCGUGAUGUUUGUCAUGUUACCGGUGUUUUCCCUGUCGAAUAUCAUUAAAAACUCUCAAGUUUCUCUUACAGUGUCGGAAGUGUCGCUGGCAUUGAGAAUGAGGUGAUUAGCGUUCAGAUUACAUUAAAUAGCUGAUAAUCAAUAAUACCACUGAUGACUUUUGUCUUGGUUCCGAGCUUCAGUGUUAUUGAUCUUUGUUUCAUAUCGGCAACCCAAGGUUAGCUCAGCGAAAAAGACCUCGAAAAGAAGCUUUUCCUCAAGCCCAGAUACUUCAGCUCCUCUACACAAAUCACCUCGUACCGAUCUUCCAUCGCCCAUCUCACAGACACCUGAGUCUGGUGAGACAGACCAGCAAGAAAUACAGACAGGGGGCAUGGAGGGGCCUUCAAAUCCCACUGUCAGUCCCAGUGCACGGAGAAAGUCCUGGAGGAGGGCGACCAUCACCCGGCGCUCUCUUCCUGCCCUUGAAAACCCCUAUCAAGGUAAGAACAUCCACUGUGUUCCCCUCUGUAGUGUGGGAAAAAUGGGAUUUUAGUUUCGCAGGUACAUGUUAAUGUUUUUGUUAUAGUUUUGUGCAGGAGCAUAGAUCCAUCCUUGCCACAGCAGGAGAGGUUCGAGAAACUUAUCGAGGCUUCAAUGAAGGUGCGUUCUGGGGUUAAUGAUAUAAUAUUAUGAACAGAGCUGGCCCAAGCCUCAAUGGGGCCCUAAGCAAAAUUUGAUUUUGGGGCCCUCUAGUUCUGCCAAUAAUAUUGAUUGUUAAUCACCCACUCCCAAAUCUCUUUGAUUAACAUUCCAUGACAUGCAAACAUACCUUUAUCUUGGCGUUUUUUCUCUUCUCCCUCUUUCUUCUCUCUGCUCCUGAAGGAUAUGUCCCUUUUUGCGACAUUGUUUUGCCCCACAACUACCUGCGCUUUGGAUGCUCAGUGCACAUUGCACAGCAGGAGGCACAUAACAGUAGCGGAGCUUUGACAUAUCGGCAGUAAGAAUCAUAGGCCUACAUCUGCAGCAGCACUAAAAUGCUUUUACUUUACUUUAUUUUUACAAUAAUAUAUGUUUGGUCAUACAGAAAGUAUCACUCAUACAAAAAAUAAAUAAUGUUACUUUUUUUUUUUUUUUCAUUGCUCUUGGGGGGCCCUAAGCAGGCACUUAGUUCGCUUAUGCCUUGGGCUGGCUCUGAUGAAGAAACAAUGUUUUCAAUAUAUAAAAGCUAUACAUCAGGUUACACACGUACAUACAAUACAUUUCUUUUACAGUUUCUCAUCUAAAUUCCUAAUGGAUCUAAUCAUCUCUGCUUUGAUCAUAGCUGGCAAUAGAGAGGACGCAACGGUCGCUGCAGUCAGUACCAAACGCCUUAGUGGAGCAUUUUCAGAAACAAGGUUGGUGCUCGCACUAAUUCAUUUCUUUCUAUAUUUACUCCUUACCUGAACAGGGUGUAAAAAAAUGUUAAAUUGUUUCCUUGUUUGUAUUCUUUGCCUCCCUUGUUGCAGUUGAGCAUAUGCAGAAAGAGUUUACCCAUCUAGCCAAAGACAUACGCAGUGAGUUGAAGGAUAAUCCUGUCCCUGUUAGUGCAGUGAGGUAAUGGAGUUUAUUAUAUUUGAUUUAUACAUCAAAUCUAUGGUUUUGCUCACUGACUGAUGGCCUGUAUGUGUUUUUUUUUUUGUCAGUGGUCCUGUUCAAGGAGCGAUGGAAAAAUUCCAAAAAGCCAUGCAUAGGUACUCCAUCUUCAUGUAUAUUUAACACAAAAAAGUUACAAACAAAAACACUCUUGGUGUGACCCCUCAGUUUCUUUUUCAACCCUUGUUGUGCUUCAGGCUUCAGGCAGAAAGCGAAUCUUGGAAGGCACUUUUGGACAAACACCAAAAGAAAGCAGAGGAGUUGGAAAGGUCACUAUAUGUUUUGUCAUUCAGUAUUACCACUUCAGUUUGUCAGUUUUGUCUUCUUUUUUGUCAAUAACCUAUUCUCUUUUUAUUGUAGGAAAGUGGAGCAGGGCCAAGAGAAAGGCUUGUCGCUGGACUAUACAUCUGUGGCUCAGUCUUCACAGUACCAUGUCGUUCAGAGUAAACCUGACUACCACAGCCUCCUUUCUAGACAACAGCCGGUUUUUCACACCAUGGCAAUGAUAGUAUGUUCACAUUUUUUUUCUCAUAAUUAUCAAGAACAACAAAUAUAUCAAUGACAAAAAUCAUUUACUCUCUGUGCAAGCUGAUUCACUGGGUUAUUAUUACUAUAAGGCUCAUGGACAUUGUUUACCCCCCAUUACCUUGUAAGCCUGGCAAGAACACUUCUGUGCCAAAUUAAAAACUGCAACAUUUCAGAGUUAACUGUCAUAUCCUCUUCAUAUUGUCUAGAAAUAACAUUGUGCAUUAAAGCAUGUUUCUCCAUAGUUUAUUGCACUGACCAUGUUAAAUAUUAGAUGCUAUCUUUAAAACUCUUAACAUCUAAUAAAUUCUUAAUUUGGGAUUUGCCUUGUAAUAAAUGUGUUUUGUGUUUAGAUGGACACCCAGUGCAAGAUGGUUAGAGAGCUGCUGUCCAUUAAGGAGCACUCCCAGUUAAUUGUGAAAGAGACCAGUGGAAGAUUGGGUAAAGAUCUAUCAUUUGUUUUUCAUGGUUUUUUUUGUAAUGGUCUUCCUAAAAUCAACAAUAAUGUGAAAUUUAACAUUUUGAUUCCCUUUCUAACAGUGGCGGAGGCAGGAUUCCAGGAUAUUUCACCUAACGUUGUCAAGAACCUUAUGACUGCACCAUCAUCUUCUACUACUGCUUAAACCACCCUGACAGGAGGCAAGCACAAGCAAUGUACUACAGGAUGGAUCUUAGUGACUUUUAUCUACAACUUAUCUAAAUAUGUUAUGAUCAUUCUGCUGCCACAAUAUUUGACAACAUACUGUCUUGGCUCUGUAUAUAUAUUUUUAAUAACAAAGUAACCCUAAUUGUAUGUUCCUAUAACAAAUAAAGCCAUUGUCCAUAAAAAAAAGGUAUGACAAUGAAGCGAAGUAGUUCAUGUUGUACACCAGCAGAUGGCACUCUAGAGCUGUACAAAAUUUUGAGGCGCAUCAUGGAUGGCAAGUGUGGAUUUAUCAAGAAAGCCUUACCCAUACCCUUAAUUAACUAUAACAUUUAAGAAUGUUAGCUGUUUAAAAAACAACAACUAAAUUGUGUUUUGGGAAAAAAAAAACACCUCUUAAACUAUAUUGUUUUUAAUAAACUCUCAUAUUUCAGUAUAUUGUUUUAUGAAGCCAAGAUAGACUCAGUCUGCUUAAAGAAAGUCUUUUUAUUUGAAGCAACUGAUUGUAGUGACAGUGUCAAUGGUUUUAACAAAACACAUGUUUAAUACAUGAAUCCCAUCAAAAUGACUUGGUGGCAAAGCCCUGCUAUUUUUCUAGAAAACGCUUUUUUUCCUCUGGCAAUAGACCGAUUAUAAAAUAUUAUUUUAAAUUAUUGAUAAAAAAAAAAGUUGUAAUAAAUUAAAUCAGAACUAAAACCAAAAGUUUAUGAAAAGAUGAACAGAAUAGUUCUUCUCUGUAGUGGAUGUGCAGUACAUUACAGUACAAUUCCAUGUAAAUACUCAUCCAUGGCCAUAUUUGCGCUACUCUCUUUUGGUGCUGCAUCUAUUUCACUUAUCAGUGUCCCCUGACCAUUCAGGAGGAGGCCCCUCCCCCCACAGUGACUCACCCCCAUCUCUUGCAUUUGGCUGGGUCACUGAUGCAGAACGAAGCUUUGACAUUGUACCAGUCAGUCAAAGCUUUGUUCCAUAUCACUCAUUUCUCUUGGACCCCCCUGUGUUAAUAAAUGUUCUCGCUUUACAUGUUUCACUUACAAUUAGUGUGAGAAUAAAAACCUGAUUACCCCAUAGUAGCUACCAAUGUAGGCAUAAUCUAAGCCUUACUGAUAGCAUCUGUAUCAUGGGGUAUGGAGAAUUUAGAUUGUGAUUGCAUCCAAGGGAGUCACUAGAGAGCAUAGGACUGAGCAAAGGGAAGACAAGUGGGGUUGUGACCGUGAGAGUUGUGAGCAGAGGAGGAUGGUGCACAGCAGGAGAGAUCGAUUCUUAUUUAGAUGAAAAUGAGGCUUGAUGCUUGUGGGGUGAGAGGAGGGCAGCUUUAGCAUCCAAAUGAAUAGAAGUUUCAGAGAAAUGUUCCUCAACUGAACCUCUAACAAAAAGACUAUAAAGAAGUUUAUAAAGCAGUAACAGUCCUUCGACUAGAGCUUUCAUCUUAAAUCCAUAAAUGCUGGCUUUGUUGUUACAUUUGAAUUUCUGCAGCUUCUUUCUUAAUAUGGUAUUGUACUCAAUGGCUUUGCAAACUUAAAUAACCUCAGAAAACGGCAAGUUAAAAGUUAACUAGAGUUUUGGAUGCUGGGCUUUGUUCAAAUAAACAUACCAUUGAAAUCA